UCUAAGUACAAAAGCAAGUAAAGCAUAGUAAAACUACAAUGGGCACUGCAACUGCAACCUUAUCCCUGUGCCAAUGGCCUACUUCUUCUUCUUCUUCUUCUGUGCGCAUGCAUGUGAGGUUUUCAUGCAGAACCCCUCACCUUUCACCAUAUACAGUUGACAGAACCCUCUGCCAAAUCAACAAUUCUGGUGUCAUAGCUUGCCUAAGAGCUAACAGUGCAGAAGUGGCCAUGGAAGCUGCAAAAGCUGCAAUAGCAGGUGGCAUUUCAGUUUUGGAGAUUGUGGUGUCGACCCCAGGUGUGUUUGAGGUUCUACAACAGCUGGUGAAGGAGCAUCCUACAAUGGCCCUAGGGGUUGGAACUGUUCUCAGGAUUGAGGAUGCAAAAAGUGCAAUUAAUGCCGGAGCCAAAUUUCUAAUGAGUCCUGCAACUGUUAAGGAUAUAAUGGAAAUGGAUUAUGUUCAGAGUGGUGAAAUUUUAUAUAUUCCUGGCACAAUGACUCCAACUGAAAUAUUGUCAGCAUGUGAUGAAGGUGCUAAAAUUGUCAAGAUUUAUCCAGUUUCUGCACUCGGAGGAUUUCAGUACAUAUCAGCACUGAAGAAGGCCUUUCCUCAUAUCUCUAUGGUUGCUUCUCAGGGAAUAACAAUAGAUUCAAUUGGGGAAUACAUUUUGCGAGGAGCAUCAGCAGUUGUUUUGUCAGAUGCGAUAUUUGAUAAAGAUGCAAUUGCACAACAUGAUUUAGAUAAGAUACAAAAACUUGCACAUUCUGCUGCCUUGUUGGGUAACAAAUCUGUGAAUAGAAUUUAUUAGAGCAGUUAACCAACAAGAAAUACUUGAGUGGAUGAUGAUCUGAAACGACGGUUUGACUCACAAGGAUCUCUCAACUCUAAUAGCUCUACCAAUAUAAGAGUUGUAUACUCAUAAGACAAGGUUGAUGCAGUUAUAAGAGUUGUACCUUUGCCUCAAACCCCUAUUAUACCAUAUUAACACUCAAUCAUUCAAUUUUGGUUUUCCUCCUUCUGGUGUUAAGGUCAAAUAUUGUGAAUAAUUGUGAAAUAAUUGUUCUCUGUUACUAGUAAAAGAAUGGUUCAUUUGCUAUCAAACUUAUAUCAAUAAGACAGGGUUGAUGGAGUUAUAAUAGUC